CGCAACGUCGGAUGAAGAUGCAGGUGGCGGUGAUUGGCGCUGGAGCCUCCGGGCUGGCGGCGGCCAGGCACCUGCUGGAGUCUCCACGGGGUCACAGCGUCACCGUCUUCGAGCGAGGCGACCAGCUGGGUGGCACUUGGGUCUUCACGGAAAAGACGGGACUCGACGUGGACGGCCGGCCAGUCCACAGCAGCAUGUACCGCAGCCUUGAGACGAAUCUGCCCAAGGAGGUAAUGGCAUUUCCAGAUUACCCUUUUCCUGAGGGCGAGCAAUCCUAUCUGCCGGCUGGCGAUGUACUAAAAUACCUCAAUUCAUAUGCGGAACACUUUGGACUUCGUCGUUGCAUUAAGUUCCGGCAGCACGUGGAACGAGUGCAACCACGUGGCUCUGUAUGGGAAGUGUCAGCUACAAAUAUGGAUACAGCUGAAGUCACAACUUAUCAGUUUGACUCUGUUAUGGUGUGCAGUGGACACUACUGGAAGGAGAAGAGGCCACAGCUGAAGGGUUCGCGCGAUUUCCGUGGCCGGCAGAGCCACGCCCACAACUACCGUCGCCCAGACGCCUACAGGGGGCGGCGAGUGCUUCUCAUCGGCUCCGGGCCUUCUGGCAUGGACCUAGCGCUGGAAGUCGCAUCUGUCGCUCAGCAGGUCAUUCUUAGUCAUCAUCUUGAUAAGUCCAUUGGUCAUUUGUUUCCAUCGAACGUGAUUGAAAAGCCAGAUGUGACAUCAAUCACAGAGACGGGUGCUAACUUCAGAGAUGGUACAUUCUGUGAGGUGGACGACAUUUGUUACUGUACAGGCUACAGCUACUCGUUCCCGUUCUUGACGCCGGACUGCGGCGUCCAGGUGGAGGCGGACGAGGUGCACCCCCUGCUGAUGCACGUGGUCAGCGUGGAGCGACCCACGCUGGCCUUCAUCGGUCUGCCCUUCAUCGUCUGCCCGUUCGCUCUCUUCGACCUGCAGUCACGGUUCUUCGUUGCUGUGCUGGACGGUCGCUGCAGCCUUCCCGACGCCGACAUUUUGCGACGCGACGCCGAGGCGGAGAGGCGUCGCCGCCGAGAGGAGGGCAUACUUCCGCACUACCUGGGGCAGGAGCAGGUGCCCUACCUCAACCGGCUGGCAGACCUGGCUGGGGCGCAGCGCUUGCCGCCGGUGGUUUUCAAGCUCUUCGAGACCGUCGCUUUCCGGCUGUACGAGGACCUGGCUAACUACCGCCGUCAUAAUUUCCGAAUAGUAGACAACGAAACUUUCCAAGAGAUUGCUUGAUUACAAGCGCCUUUAGGUUUCCUUAGAUAUUAGUUCAUUCUUUACAUGUCAUGAAAGCUGUAACAGACUGACAAUGUGCUUGAUGUUAAAUGAAUUCAAAGAUACAAGUGGAGGCAGACGUUUAUAAUCGAUGAAGUAGUAUGUCUCCAAGUAAAAGUUAUCAGUUUACACAAAUUUACGUUUUGAAAACGAUGUGAGAAAGGUUGUUCGUUAGGAAAUAAAUAUAUCUAGAUGAUAAACUUAAAGCAGUACAUUUAGAGAACUUGAAAAGGCGCAUUUUGUUAAAUGAAAAUCGAUCGGUGGAAUACCAAAUGGAGAUACGAAUAUUCUUCUUCUUCUUCUUCUUGCGUUACGACCUCUGUAGCCUCUUCGUGGAGUGCAUUUUCCUCUUCUUCUCCCAUAACUUCUUCAUUCUUUCUCUUCUUUUCUCCCGCUCUUCUUCCGACAUCUUCAGUGUCCUUUUCUCCUGCCGGCUCCACUGGUGACACUCUAAUCUUUUCCUAUAUUCUUCUCUGUCGUUGAUCUCUGGCAUAUUGAUCGGUGUAUAUUUCUUCCUCCUAUUUUCCUUUCCUUCGGCCUUCAUUCCCAGUUCCAUGCAGUCCUUCCGAAGUUCUACAACCCACUUGGUUCCUAUCUUUCCCCUUGUCCUCCCUGUUGUUUCCCACUCUCUCUUCUUCAUUCUGUACAUACUCGUCCUAAAUACAUGUCCAGCAAACCUUACCAUUUUGAGUCUUGUUUCCCCAGAUAUUGUUCUCAUAUUCCGGUACAACUCUUCCCUAGGUCUUCGCAUCCACCUCUUUUGGACCCAGUAUUUUUCUCAGUAUUUUUCUGUCUUCUUUCUCUAGUUGUUCUGCCCCAUUUCUUCCUAGUGUCACCGUCUCAGCAGCAUAUAAUGCUGCAUUCCUCACCGUUGCCUUGUAAUGGCUUGUCUUUGCCUCUGUGGGUAUAGUCUUUUUAUUCUGUGGGUAUAUUCUUUUUAUUGUAUAUCUCUCUCGUCAUACAGAAGGCUGACCUCAUCUUCUUUAUCCUCUCUGUUAUUCCCUCCUUGCUCCUGUUCCUUCCUGUUAUAAGUUCACUCAGGUAUUUAAAUUUGUCCACCAUUUGCACAGUGCCUUCCAGUGUUUCCCAGUCUGCAGUGGUAUUUAACGUCUUUGUCUUGUUAGAGGCGAUCCUCAGCCCCACCUUUCUGGGUACCUUACUUAAGUUGUCGAGUUAUGUCUUUGCGUCUUCUUCCGUCUCAUUUAUUAUUGCUAUGUCGUCUGCAAAGGCUAGGCAAUCCACUUGAACCCUGUUGUCCUUUUUGUCCCCCACAUGGGACUCUGGUAUUCCCAUUUCCUCGUUUAUUACUCUCCACCGCCUGUUCACUUCGUCCAGUGCUACAGUGAACAACAAUGGUGACAAUAUACAAGAUACGAAUAUA